CCGUCAUGGCGGCGGUGGCGCUGAGCGAGGCGGAGAAGGUGUUCAUCGUGCACGGCGUCCAGGAAGACCUCCGGGUGGACGGUCGGAGUUGCGAAGAUUACCGAUGUGCUGAAGUAGAAACGGAUGUGGUGUCCAACACCAGUGGCUCGGCAAGAGUCAAGCUUGGUCACACUGACAUUCUGGUUGGAGUUAAAGCAGAAAUGGGAGCGCCCAAGUUGGAGAAGCCAAAAGAAGGUUUUUUGGAAUUCUUUGUGGACUGCUCGGCCAAUGCCGCCCCUGAAUUCGAAGGUCGAGGAGGUGACGAGCUCGGCACCGAGAUCGCCAACACCCUGUACCGGUUAUUUAACAACAAAAGCAGCAUAGACCUGGAGUCCCUCUGCAUCAGUCCCAGGGAGCACUGCUGGGUCCUCUACGUGGAUGUCUUGUUGUUGGAGUGUGGAGGAAAUUUAUUCGACGCCAUCUCCAUUGCUGUUAAGGCCGCUCUCUUCAAUACACGCAUUCCACGUGUCCGAGUUUUGGAGGAUGAAGAAGGGUCAAAGGAUAUUGAGCUCUCUGAUGACCCUUAUGACUGUAUUCGACUGAAUGUGGAGAAUGUGCCUUGCAUCAUUACUUUGAGCAAAAUCGGCUAUAGGCACGUGGUGGAUGCCACUCUUCAGGAAGAGGCCUGCUCUCUGGCCCGCCUGCUCGUGUCCGUGACCAGCGAAGGGAUCCUCACGUGCAUGAGGAAGGUGGGGAAGGGCAGCCUGGAUCCGGAGAGCAUCUUCGAGAUGAUAGAGACUGGAAAACGCGUGGGAAAGAUGGUGCACUCCUCCUUGCAGAGUGUCUUACACAAAGAAGAAAGCCUGGGCCCUAAGCGACAGAAGGUUGGAUUCCUGGGAUAAGUUCCGAAUGCUUUUUUGUUUUUUUUGAACAGAAGCGUGUAAUGUAUUUUUUCUUGGAAGAUGUGCAGCCGAGGCAGCAUUUGUGGAUGUAAUAUUAAAGUAUAUUUUCUGAUCUUGG